CGGGGCCAGCGCGGCGCGUGGGUGGGAGCCGGGAUCUCUGCUCCCCUCCCUGCACCCCAGGAGGAAGAAGCCUUGGAGAGCGAGGAGGCAGCGGGGCUCAGGGCUUGAAGGUUGAACCACUUGUGGUUAGUUAAGUGGUAACAUUGUUGGAUUCUGAAUGCAGUUCUCUUCAUUUCCUCUCAGAUGAAGGCCAGUGGUUGCAAUAUAAAACCUGAACAUGAGGUCUUCUGGGCUUUCAAGAGGAAGAACUGGUGGACUGCAUAGACAUUGACAACAAUUUGUGUGGCGAGAGUGGGACCUGCGACAGGAAAGUCUUCACUUUGGAUAUAUACGUUAAAUCUUCACCAGUUGCUAGAGGGCAGAAAAUUACCAGACAUGUCCAUAGCCCUCAAGCAAGUUUUUAAUAAGGACAAGACCUUCCGUCCCAAACGCAAAUUUGAACCUGGGACCCAGAGGUUUGAGCUCCAAAAACGAGCACAGGCCUCGCUGAACUCGGGAGUCGACCUGAAAGCAGCUGUGCAGCUGCCCAAUGGAGAAGACCUAAGUGAUUGGGUGGCAGUUCACGUGGUUGACUUCUUCAACAGGAUCAACCUGAUCUAUGGAACUAUCUGUGAGUUCUGCACAGAGAGGACCUGCCCGGUGAUGUCUGGGGGCCCUAAGUAUGAGUACCGGUGGCAGGAUGACUUGAAGUACAAGAAGCCCACUGCACUGCCAGCACCCCAGUAUAUGAACCUUCUCAUGGACUGGAUCGAGGUGCAGAUCAACAAUGAAGACAUAUUCCCUACUAGUGUUGGUGUUCCCUUUCCAAAGAACUUCCUUCAGAUCUGCAAGAAGAUCCUGUGCAGGCUGUUCCGGGUAUUCGUUCACGUCUACAUUCAUCAUUUCGACCGCAUCAUCAUCAUGGGAGCUGAGGCCCACGUCAAUACCUGUUACAAGCACUUUUAUUACUUUGUAACAGAGCUCAACCUCAUAGACCGCAAGGAGCUAGAGCCUUUGAAAGAGAUGACAACCAGGAUGUGUCACUAAAGAGCCACUUGUCAAACAGAAGAGAAAUCCAGUUUCCUCCUUAUUGCAAAGCUAGAGGUCAUGAGAGACCUCCUGGGCUGAACCUGCCUAUUAAUUCCCAGGGGUGGGAAAGUCAAGGACAGAAGAUUAUGUUCACAGAUGCUUCUCAACAUUAUGUGUGCUCUUAACCCUGAAGAUGCUGCUAGAAGUCUCCUCUGAAUGAUGUGGAUUACCAAGUGAGAGAGAAUUAUUUUGGAAUUUUUUUCUGGUUCUUGAAUUAUUGAGGAGGAAUUCUUCAGUCACAAUGACAUUCCAUGUUCCUGCUGUUCAAGCUUUACUGGAACUCAGGUUUUUAGGCUGGCCUGCAUAUUUGUAAUUUUGAAAUGAACCUGUAUUGUUAGUUGAAAAAAUUUUGUAUACUUUGAUUUUGUGUAUUUUGUUUUCCAACUUCAGCACAAUAUUAAGAAUUCUGGAACUUCAGCAAGAUUUUCAGAUGGAGCCUUCCGUGUCCGCACAGGACUUUAGAUGCCAGCCAAGGUUUGUGGGUAAAUAUUCCAAAAUUCCGCUGAGCCUCAACAUCCAUAGGAACACAGCUGCUUUCCUCAGCAGAUCUGGCAGUGUGUACAUUGCUUGUUGUCUUAGUUCAACUCUCAGUCAGGUGACGAUGGGCCAGAUUCUGAUCUCAGCUACAUCAGUGUAAACCCAGAGUAAUGUCAGUGAUUUCAGUGGAGUUGCCCUGGGUCUUACACUAGUGUGACUGACCGCACAGUCUGGCCCAGUAUCUGUACAAAGAAGGGUGGUGGUAAUUAGAGUUAAAUGAAAUGCCCUAUGUACCAGUGACCACAGAGGUUUGGUGCUUGCAUGUAAUUUUAGCUCUGUCCUAUUUCUUUUUCGUCUCCACCUCGUUCUUUCCAAGGUGAAGAUAUUCCGUUUGGGGGGAGGAAAGGGGUUGUAAAUUAACGAAGACUAUUAGGGAGAAGGUGAGGUCAAAACCAUAAUACAUGACUGCAUUGUCUGUAAAUAGUGUCUAGUAAGUCGGGCUGUCUUCCACACUACAAAGAUAUAGUCAAGUUCCCAGUAUACAGUCUAAUUUAAAUCAGUGACCUCAACAUCUGGCCUAAGGUAUUCAUCGUAAACGCAUUAACUUCUGUACAAUGUGCCUGGUGCCAUGGUGAUGAGCCCAUUGGAAAUAUUUGUAAUAGUAUUUACUGAGAGAAGGUCUCUAGAGACACAUUUUAACAAGUGGAAAAUAUAUAGAAUAGUCCCAUAUAUUCUGUGCCUUCUAAGGAAUUUGGCAUGGACCUUUUGUUCAAUAAUAAAGAUGAUUCUUUCAGAUCAUGUGCUGAUUCCUGCUGCCCCUAAGCAUCUAUUUCUACCAAAGUGAUUUUAACAGUCUCUGCUUCUUCUGAGGUAGUAUUGGAAGCAAACUUCAUAGAGUAUCCAGUGAUGGAGUACUAGUGAUGAUAUAUGAUAGACUGAAAUAUAGCAGACACUAAAGAAUAACAACAAACAUCUGAGCUCAUAUUGUUGCACAUAAUGAUAAUGUCUUAUUCCCCUGCUUGAUUUAAUAGGCUCUGCAGCAGAGGUGCAGAAGUCAAUGAUCCUAUGCAGGGACAAAGGGUUUGAUCUAUGACAAUUCAGUGUUGCUAAGUUGGAAGGUUUUACAUAUCUUUAGAAUUAUGCAAAUAGCAUUAACCCUUGCCUUCAAGGAAUGUUCAACUUUCAGUUUGUUACAUUGAACUAAAGUACUCCUUCCUCUUUCACUGCUCUUUUGCAAUCAAGCUACCUCCUGAAUGCACUACAGAGACUAUGUUACACGUGAUCUUCUUAACAUUCAUUUGGCUGGUGCUUACACACUGCAUAAUUGUGGAACUCAUUGCCACAAGAUAUCACUGAGGCCAAGAGCUUAGUAGGAUUGUUUAAUAAAAUAGUGAUAUGGUUAGAGAGAAUAUUAAUAAUUAUCCAUCACAUGAUUUCUUGUACCUUCCUCUGAAGCAUCUAAUUCUAGCCACUGUCAGAGACAGAACUGCUGGUCUGGUGUGGCAUAUCCUGUAUUGUUAAUUUCUAGCAUUUCGAAGGGUUAAGACAAAUGAUGGUUCACUACCAAUAUUCCACAGCUUUGCCAUAUGCAAUGAAAGUUUAUAUAAAGAAGAUGUGAAUCUGUGGAAUCUUUAGGUAAAAAAAUCAAACCGUGACUAGAUAAAAUUGAAAAGCCUAAUAUUUUAUCUCCAAAGUCAUUUUUAUUCUACCUUUCACUAAAGCCACUUACUAUAUACUG